UUAAUACAGCUCAUAUUUUGUGCUUCAUCUGAGAAGAAGAAGAGGGAAUGGAAUGUAUUUGAGAGAAGUUCACAAAAGACACAAACUGUAGUACAUAACAUGUACUUGUACUCUAGUAAAAGGUACAAGACACUCAUUCAUCCCAUCCACUGUCACCAGAGCAUCUCCAGGCCUCACAUGACUUCACAGUUAACCAUCAGAACUUACAUACUUGCCGUGAAUGCCUCGACAAUACACGCUCACUUAUCUCCAGCACUGGAGGAACAUUUUCAGCGUUAUCUCACACGCACACUUCUGUGGACGGAGGCAGUACUUCACAUCAAACACCCACCCAUACAAUGAAAAAGGAACAUCCAAUAGAGGAAGUAGGUGCAGCCACACUCAGAUGCUGCUGCAUUAUUCAUACACCAGAGAUGCUGCUUCAGUGAGCAGCGCAGCGGUGGGACAGGGGAGAAGCGUGUAGUGGGGGGUCGACUGCAGACAGCCUCUAUGUGACAGGAACAGGAAGUGGUGAGGAGGCCGAGCUGUACCUGUCAAACCAUGAGCCUCGUCUGUUCCUCUCUCACGACACAUGCAUGGAAACCAUCUCAGCCUUUCCAAAUAAAAAUUCACCAUGUGUUUAACCUGAAUCUGGAGGGAGCAUCUUCAGCCCUGUCCUGACUGGCACCUGUGUGACUUCUGCUGGAGGUCGACAUGACACAGAACAGUGCUGCGACUGGUAAAGGUACCGCAAAGGAGGGAGAUGAACUUAAAAUUGUGAUUGUUGGAGAUGGAGGCUGCGGGAAAACAUCUCUUCUGCUGGUUUAUGCUCGAGGAAAUUUUCCAGAGAAAUAUGCUCCAUCAGUAUUUGAAAAAUAUGCCAGCACUAUCUCUCUCGGAGGAAAAGAGAUAAAGCUCAACCUGUAUGACACAGCUGGACAGGAAGACUAUGACCGACUGCGACCUCUCUCUUACCAAGAGGCCGAUCUGAUCCUGGUAUGCUUCGACGUGACCAACCCCACCAGCUUUGAGAAUGUCCUGAUAAAGUGGUUCCCAGAGGUGAGGCAUUUCUGUCAGGACACACCGGUCAUCCUGAUUGGCUGCAAGACCGACCUCAGGAAGGACAAGGAAUGUGCAAGGAAGCUGAGGGCCAUGAAUCUGGCUCCUAUCACAUACACGCAGGGUGAGGAGAUCCAGCAGCAGAUGAAAGCAGAACUGUACCUCGAGUGCUCGGCGAAGUAUCAGGAGCACGUAGAGGACAUUUUCAGAGAGGCGGCCAAAAAGGCUCUGGCCCACUGUAGGAAACAAAAGAAGUGUAAGAGGAUGAAGAAAUGUGUGGUUUUGUGAAGUUGAAGGGACGGAGCCUCGAGGACCCCACUCUGCAGACGAGGGCCCACAGGUGAUGACAGCAAAAGAUGGUUUUGUUCCUGCAAGUUUGGGCACCACUGAGUCACGGGUUCGUCUCUUUUUUAUCAAAAGUGAUGCAACAGGAAAGAGGAUUUUGCAAGAAGUUGCAGGGUGGAGAUACGCAAAAGUGUUACAUAACUUGAAAUGACUUUGGUCAAUGUAUUUUUUUUACUACUUUUGUAAGGAUAUUAUAUUUUAGUAGUAUUUCAAUCACAAAACAUACGGUUUGUUUUAUUGAGUGUAUUUAUUGUAGAAAUUUGCAGUCAACUCUUUCCCCAGAGGAUCAUUUAAAUGUCUGUGUAAAGUUUUGAAAUAUAAUAAAUUGUGGUUCUGUAGCUUUAAGUCUGGAGACGUAAAAAGGAGGCUUAGUUCAUUUUCAGGGAAACUAAACA